AGUUUAACCAGUUUAGAAUGUUCAGUGGACUGUAUACAGAACUGCAGGGUAAAAUAAGCCAGAAUAGACAGAAUACACGAGCCUUCCACUUCAACAAUCAGCUAGUGAAGUUGCAUCAACAUCCCUUGAUCCCCAACCUUCACAUCACUGACCUCAUCCAUCAACCUCAUCCCAGUAGGGCCACAGCCACCCUCUCCACUCACUUUAGGAUGUUAAGCAUCAACAACCCAACUUGAAGGAUGAGUGGAUUAAGCCUUGAAGAAUAUGACUUACUUGGUGAUUCCAAGUAUCGUGCUUAUGUGGCAGCAGUUGACAAGACAUUACGGAACUUUGAAAAUACUAGUGAAUGGGCAGACCUUAUAUCUACACUUGGAAAACUUAAUAAGGUAUUACUGUCUCACAUGAAAUAUCCUGUAGUCCCACGAAGGAUAACCAUCAGCAAGCGAUUAGCACAGUGCAUGCAUCCAGCUUUACCAUCAGGAGUUCAUUUGAAAGCCCUUGAAACUUAUGAUAUAAUCUUCAAAUGUAUGGGUACAAAUCGUCUCUCACAAGAACUGUUUAUAUACAGUGCAGGUUUAUUCCCUCUCUUCAGCAGUGCUGCAAUGAAUGUGAGGUCUGCCCUCUUGACAGUUUAUGAAACUCAUUUUGUUCCUUUAGGCCCCAGAUUAAGACCAGGAUUAAAUGGUUUCCUAUCAGGCAUUCUUGCUGGACUGGAAGAAGGGUCAGACCACCUUGAGAGGACAGCGCAACUUCUUUCAAGAGUUGCAGAAGGUGUAGGUCAAGCAGAAUUCUUUGGAUGCCUUUGGGAUUGCAUAUGGGGCAAUUCAGGGGUCCGUCUUCCUGCCAUCACGCACAUCAUGGCAUGUUACAACAAAAAACUCUCAACAGAAGAUCAGCUUUACAUCCUUGGUACAAAUAUUGAUGUCACGGUGUCAGCACUCUGUCAGGCCAUGGAGGACUCGAGUGUCAUGGUGCAGCGUGCAGCACUUGAUCUUACUCUGGCUGCUCUUCCCAUGCACAACACCCAACUACUACGACCUGAUUUAGUCAGAAUUGUUACUUCUGCUAUAUUAGUGCUCUUAAGAAGAGAUAUGUCUUUAAACAGACGUCUGUAUGCAUGGCUACUUGGUUCUGAAAUCAACCUCUCCCUCUUGUCAUCAGAGCAUCCUGUUGUUAAGCGCCUUAACAGUGCUACAAGUGACACUAAUACUGAAGAUGGGGGAGAGAUUAAUGCCUAUUUUGAAAUUUUUUCAAGACCUUUACUGGUAGAGGGCAUUAUUGCAUGCUUGAAGAUAAGUCAAGGAACAAACCCUCCAGAUCUGCGGCCUUACAGGCUUAUUGUCUCACUUUUAGAUAAACCAGAAAUUGGUCCAUAUAUUUUAGAUGAUAUAUUCUUGGAUUUGUUAAGAUGCUUAUACCAUACAUGUCAAGUGUUACAAGCUGUGAAUGAGACUCCAACAGAACCCAGUAGUAGGCGCCAUAGUACCGGGGAUAAGCAAAAUUCAACACUACCACCACAGUCUUCGGAUGGCACUAAACUUCCAUUAGAGGGUAACCGAGGGUUUCAUGAAAUUACAAAAACAGCUACCUUACUCUUCAGUGCUCUACAACCUUCAUAUCCAUGGAUGCAUCUCACAGGUCUUCUGAGUCAGGCCUGUCUACUUAAAGCAACACACGGAAAUGCAAUGGAAGAAGAAAAGAGCCAUAAGGAUUGCUCAUCUUUAGUGAAAGCUGUAGGGAGUCUACAGAUGAAUGUUUGCGAAGUGUGUACGCUGCUGCAGCAUUUGUUAGCUUCACUUCCAUUAGAUACACAACAGCAGACUCAAUCAUCAAGAUUACCUGAGGUGCUCUCCUCAAUAACAUCUCUUCUCACUGAACAUCUCACAGUUCUGAAUGCCCAUGAACUUUCAGUUGGGCUAUCCCUUUGUCAGUCUGUUUUGCACAAACUUAUUCCUUCAGUCACUCUCCCACCAGCAGCUAAUCUUUCUCGGCCAGAAUCACGAGCCAGUAUUGGCACUUUUGUCUCCUUGCAACUCCAGGCUCUCUCACAUGUGUCAACAGUCACAAGACCCAUAAUUGUCCCAGAAGCAUCUGCUCGAGAGAGUCCCCCUACUGAAUGUGGUAUUGUUCAGAUUGGUAUAGAGGCAAAUGAGGAAGAUGUGAGCCAAAGUGAGGAGAGCAAACAUAUGGACCAUAGCUCAAGUACAUCUGUAACUGGUGAAAGUAGUAGUAGUAGUAAUAUCAAUGAGAACAUAACUGACAUGGAGGCAGAAACUUCAUUUAUAUCAGAUUGUUCUAAGGUGUUACCAGAUGACUUCAAAAAAGCUGAGAUGGAAAUUGAAAGUGUUACUGGAAAGAGUGAAGACCCUAACAUUGAUGAAAAUGACUUUGUGAAGGAUGAUAUAUUUAUUAAGUAUAAUGAUUCUGUUGAUUUGUUUGAAGUAAAUGUUUUACAAGAUAUGGAUAAAAUAGAGAAUAAAUUGGUCAGGGAAUAUGAAGUGCUCCCUGACAAAGGAGUUGCUUUGGAAGAUGUAACUGUACAUCAUGAUCUUCCUCAGUUACAGUUAUCCCAAGAGGCAAGUGAAGAUGAAUAUGAGAGUGCUCCACAGAGUCCCAACCAUCUUACUUAUUCCCCUAUACAUGGUUAUGUAAAAGAUUUUGAAAAAUUCUUUCUUGAACUUAUUCAGAAGAAAAUAAUAUGUAAUAAUUCAUCUGUAUUAGACUUUCAAAAUGUAUUGUAUAGAUCUGACAUAUUGGGUGUUGACAGUUUAUCUGAACUCAAGUAUUUACUGAGAGAAUGUUUGGAGUGUUGUGAAGCUGAAGGUGACUCCAGGGAGUCUCCAGUGACGUUUAAACAUCAGUCACUACCAUCACCUUCCCGGAAAAUUUGUUCAAGAUUGUCACAUCCAACCUCACCUGUUCAUUCAAACAAGAACGAAAAUGUAGAUUUUACAUCAUUUCUACAAUUAGAUCCAAAGUCAGACAAGCAGCUUAGUGUAUUUAAGGUAUCUUGUAGCAUCCUUGUUGACUUAUCAUCACUUCCCACGACCCCAGGACUGUCACUUACUCGACCAAGCACCAAUAUUCCACACUGGCUUGUUGGGUUAUUAGCAUGUGUUGUUUAUGGAAGACAGGUCUCUCCAGAAUUUACCCUUACCUCCAUCUCUACUCUGUUGGAGCUUGUGAUGUUGGCCCAGUCAGAAUUGUCAGUGUGGCAGAGUGAAUCAGUACUUGAAGGAGAUGGUGAUGCUGGAGUGGUGACAGUCAACAUUACGCCUUUGCUCCUUCCAACACACACACACAUUCUGCUGUACCAUACAUUGGUGUAUCAGCACAUGGCACGUCAACUGUGGAGUUACUUGGAACCUAGUACUAGUCAGUUCCAUGUAAUGAGUACAGAGCUGCUGCUCCAGUUGCACAACUUGACACUGCCUCAUGGACCCAGUUCUACUCUAACAUCUGCUCCACCACAAUCAUCCAUUUCCAUCGUUGAGAGACAAAUUCUUCUUGCUCUGACUUGUCCACUUCCAGUUGCUGCAGCCAGGGAAAAGAUUGGGGUUCUCUGGAGUCAUGAAGGCAUAAGGGCAGAGUACGACAGCAUAGCCAUGCAACAGUGGAUGACUUUGUGGCAAGUUUCACGCACUUUGUCAUCUGGUCUCUCAGGAAGACGUCCAGGAUUUGAUAGGUGUCUGUUUUUAAUGGUUGAACGUUUGCGUGGGGAUAGUGGCACUGAACGAAGCCUCGCCCAUGCCUGGCUUGCUACUGCUUUGCAACGUAAUGACACUGCUAGAUUAAUGGAUCCAAUUCUAGUUGUACUGUUACAUCCUCACACUCGUAGAGUCAGUGUACAACAUGUUAAUAUUGAAAAGUUAACCCCUGCUCAACAGUGCCAAGGAAACAAAUGUGGAAUAGAAGAAUCUCAGAUAUAUGCCAUUAGUUCUGAAGGUGGAGAGGUCAUGUAUCAUGUGAGCAAAGAAGGAAGACAGCCUCAGGCUAAAGGAAAGCAAAUACAUGUACCUACACCAGCCAAACACAUAUUAGCCUUCACCUCUAUAUCCAAAGAUAACAAGAAAGUAGUAACUCAUCAUGCAGAUUUUACAGAAUUUGAGUUGCCAUCUAGUCAUGAGCAGCCACAGUUGCACUCAUCCAUUUCUCUUAUGGUAAACCCUUUCAUGCAGCAUCCAUGGAUAGACAUGGAAGAUCUUGCAAAAAUGAACAAGCCACUAAAUCUUUCCAAUGCAGUUCGAAUACAAAAUGGAAGCUAUCAAAAAUCACCAACAGUUAUUUUACAAGAUGACAUUAAAAAUAUUAAAUCAGCUAAGUUUGAUGAAGAAGAGGAAGAGGAGUGGACACCAACCAAGGUGGUUAAAAGCAUUUUGGAUGAUAUUAUAGAUGCAGUAGUAACUUCUCAUUACAAAUAUUCUGAGAGUGAUGAGUCUAGUGACCAGGACACUACAUCUCAGUCAGUGACAAGUGAUGGAGUUAUUCCAGAGUUAACUAGACAUCCAUACCAUUCUCAUAUGCUUCUGUAUAUGCAAGUUGUUGACAGUGGACAGUGUCUAAAUGGAUUGCUAAUGAUUCGUAAUAUUAUUGAAGCACAGCCAAAGAAUUCUCUUUUGGCUCUUGCAUCAACAAGCAUAAAUACCUUACAGUCAACAUCACCAUUGAUAAUAUUACUGGCAAGACAUCGUCGCUCUGUUUUUGGUGAUGGUUUUGAUGGCGGCAGUGUUACUGAUAUGGUGAGCCAAUUUCGGUCCACCAUGUAUCUGCAAGUAGUGAUCACUGUGUGCCUUUAUUACCUACGCUCGUAUUAUCCUUGCCUUCCACACUUACGAUUAAGAGAUGAGCACCUACAUGAUAACCAGGAAGUCCAGGUAGCAUCAGCAGAGGUUCUCAUUCUUAUUUUUACUCAUUUGUGUCCUAUGGUGACUGAUUCACCUCGGGGUUUUACCCCUUAUAUUACUGACUUGCUCAGUAAGUGCAAAGUACAGAAAUGUGUACUGCACUGCAUGCUAUCCACUGUACAUGCUAUGACCUCAGCUGGAACAACAGUAACUUCAGAGCAAAAAUUCUCAGCUGGCCAGGAGAUGCGUACUUUUACAGAGGAAGUUCUUGAAUAUAACUGCGGCUCUCCUGGCCUGUCAGGUACUAUCCCACGUCAAGAGACCUAUCUAGCAAGGAUCAUUGAUCUUACUCUUGCUUUAAUUCGGUUAGAAGAUACCCUGGCAACUGACCGGGCAGAUAGUGUUGUGGUCAGAGACCCACCUAGUGUGAGUAUGAAAUAUUCUGGAUUUAGUGCUACUAAAUACCAGCCAGGACAGCCUAUUCCAGCACAACCUAUGUUUAUGGAAGUACUGACAGUUGCACUUAAACAACAUCAUUUACGCCACCUUCAUGGAUCCUGGUUGCAUUUGUUUACAGCAGCAUUGCCUCAUAUGGGCCCUUCACUACCAAACAACAGUCUCCGUGUAAUAUAUUUAGUAUGCGAAUUGCUUGAGUGCAUGGCUCGUUAUUACUUUCCCGGUACUCUUUCUCCACAGGCCCCUCCAGACUACACACUGACUUUGCUGCACUCACUCACUACCACAGUUCACUAUUGUCUCCUAGACCCAACACAAUCACCAGCAUUUGGAUCCUCUUCAUCUACGUCAACCUCGGCUAUCUCGCCAUCGAAUCAGAGCACUGGUCAGAUUUUGUAUAACCUCCUUCAUGUUUUCUCUCCAGUAGGAGAAAUAAUGGAUGCACCUGUUGAUAACAGUGGCUUGGAUCCACCAGUUUGUGCACGCCACACAAUUUUGUGCCACUUACCUCGAAUCAUUUCUGCAUUGCUUUCUCUCUGGGCUGCAACAGGAGACAACCAAGAGUCUGCCUUUGUGCUGGGUAACAGACGGGGAGUUAGACAGCAAAUAGUGGAGCUUCUCUCACCCAUUUGCCAUCACCAGACCCCACAUCUCUUGGCAGCUGUCAGUGUUGUGUGGCAGGGUAUUGGAGUAGCUGCAGCAGAAACUCUAAAUGCAAAUGGUAAUAAUGGCAGCAACAGCACUCGCAAUAAACAAAGUGGAGUGGGUGGUCUUCUGUGGAGUGGCUGCACUCAACAGUUGGCUUUGGUAGAGAUGAUGUCAUUACUGCGAGUGCUGCCAUUACACACAUUGGUAGCAACAGUGAAACAAGUGGUAAAACAACCACCUAUUGUAGAUGGUGCAAAGCAGACUUUGCCCCUGGAAGUAAGUGUCCUACAGGUAUUCUACGUGUAUGUUCAGCAGUGUCCAGGCUCCCAGCUUGGUGAAUGUUGGGGACCACUGCUUACUAUGGUUAAGGAAGGAACAUUGUCUCUCACUCCUCCAGCACAGCUUGUCCUCCUUGCUACUCUCAAUGAAUUUGUUCAGAGAGCCCCAGCAUUGCAAGAGAAGAAGGAUAUAAAAGAUCUUCAGGAUGUAUCCAGUAAACUGUUGGAGUCUUGUAGUAACAUUGCUGGGUCUGGUCUUGAGCCCACCACCUGGUUAAGGAGAAACCUCACUGUCAAAACAGAAAACUUAGAGAAAAAGGAUGGAGUGAAUGAUCCAUCAAUAUAUAGUGUGGCAGCAUUAAGUGUCCUUGCAGAGCUGCUAGCACCACUUCUAGAUGUGUUGUAUGUUAGUGAAGAAAAGGAUAAAGUUGUACCUCUUCUCACCAAUAUCAUGGCUCAUGUUAUUCCAUACUUAAGGAACCAUACGCGUAAUAAUAUGCCGGCCUUUGCAGCAUGCUCUCAGCUAAUAUCAUCACUUUCUGGGUACCAAUAUACUGUUCGAGCUUGGCGCAGGGAUGUUAUAGACCUUCUGUUGGAUUCACAAGCCUUCAUGAUGCUUCCACCCAUUCUUACAUACUGGCGAACUAUUGUUGAUUAUCUUUGCACACAUGAUAAAAGCGUAUUUAAAGAACUAUUAGGUCGAGUGUCCAUGUCUCAAGGAGGAUCACUAAGUCUUUUCUCAAGUAAAGAAUCUGAAUAUGAAAUACGUGCUGGUCUGCUGAAGAGAUUAGCCUUUACAAUUUUCUGCUCAGAAACAGAUCAGUAUAUGCGUCACAUCCCUGAUAUUCAAGAACGUCUAGCAGAGGUGACUCGCUUAGGACAGGUUGUCCCAUCACUGGUGGCUCAAGUGCUCCUGUGCUUCCGUGUGUUGCUGCUGAGGCUCUCACCCCGUGGAGUAACUUCUCUCUGGCCUGUCAUUAUAACAGAACUUGUACAGGUUUUCCUCAUGAUGGAGCAGGAGCUAGCCACAGAUACAGAACAAUUCAGCAAGAAGGGGGGCAGCUCUCAUCUGAAACGGCUCUCUACCUUAGAUUCAUCCUGGGUCUUUAGUUCUCAGAAUGGUCUAAAUGCACAUAACCAUCCUGCCUGGCUCACACUCUAUUUGUCAGCCUGCAAACUUCUAGACCUUAUGCUGGCUCUUCCUGCACAGCAUUUACCACAGUUCCAAAUGUAUCGUUGGGCAUUUGUGGGUCCCAUUCCAACCUCAGGCACUGAGGAAAAAAAUGAAGGAGCUGGAAACAUUCUCCUAAAGAGUUGUGAUUUUGUGCCUCAUAUUGCUCGUAUUGCCAAGCUCAUGGCAGACAAGACUGGGAAUAAAGACACUAGGACCCUGGAGCACCAUCCCGGCCAACUAAUGCUGACUGUAUCCAGUAUCUCAACACUUGUGGAUUUGCAGCCCUUUUUUAAUACUCUUGUGUUGCCAACUUUCACCCCUGCUACAGCUACAGUGGGGCAGACCUUCAGUGGAAGCCAUGUGUCUUUUUCAUCUUCUGUGUCAUCUGGUACACAACAAGGUUCUACUGCAACUUCAGUAUUGUCCUCAAAUUUUGCUCACAUUGAAGCAGUCAUUGAAAGGGAUUUCUUAGAACCAUUGCCUUCAUAGCAGAUAUAUAGCUUCUGAUAGUACAGUAUUCAGCUUAACAGGUGCCUUAAAGGUAAAUAUUGUUUUAAUAUUUCAGUGACUCAUAAAAAUGUUAGGGAUAUGACAGUUGAUGUGGCCAUUACGUAGUGCAGUAUAUAUGUAUGUUUGCAUUAGUGGAUUUUCCAAGAAAAGAUGGGAAGAGUUUUUGUAUAGUGUGUGAGGUGCAGGUGGAAGAAUGUGUGUAUAAAAUCUCAAGUCUUUAAAAAGAGGUCUUUUUAAAUGAUGAUAUUACUAUUUAUGGUUUUGUUACCUGGGAUGAAAUUGUAUUCUCUCCCUGAAACAUACCAUAUUAGCAUAUAAUUUUGAAUUUUAAAUAUGAAUAGUAUUUUGAAGUGCUCUUUUUGAAAAUAAAGAUGUAGGCACAUGGGUCCUGAAACUCUCAAAGCUUUCUAGAUUUCAAAAUAAAGUAAUUUUUACUUAGACUUUGUUCAGAAUAUUAUGUCAAACUUAAAGAUCAGUAGUUAUUCAUGAGGUAUUUUAUACAGUAAAUUGUGGUAAAUAUCUAGGUAAGAGGUAAUAAGCUGUUCCUGAAAUCAUUCAGUCACAAACAUCAAGAUCCUUUAACAAUUAUUUUUUCUUGUAGCAAAUUAUUUUUCAAGGCAAUAUAUUAUGUUGGAGUUACAUAUUGAUGCUAACCUAGUCAUUACUAAAAAAAUUGCUUCAUUUUAAAUUUACUAGUGUUAAGACUCUGUCAUAAGGAAUGCAUAAGCUAAUAUAUUUGUAACAUGUACAGUACAUAUAUAGGCUUUUGCAGUGCAGUAAAAUGAACAAAUGUACAUUCAUUAUACAGUAUAUUAUUGAAGUGAUUACAUGUAACAGUUUAGUAUCAGCAAUAACAAAUACUGACAAUAUUUACAUAAUCAGCAUAAAAGGCAGAUAAGUCACAUCCAUGUGACUUAUCUGCCUUUAGCUUCCAUUUGUGUCCCCAAGGUGCUGUUUCUCGCCUUUCUAACAUUCUGUCCCUGUCAGCCCUAUUAAUUCCUCUAAGUAUUUUGUAUACAUAUUAUCAUAACUCCCCUGGUUCUUCUGUCUUCCAGUGUUAUUUGCCUCUUGUAGCUUGUACCUCCCUUAGCUCUGGAACAAGCCUUGUUACAUACUUCUGCACUUUCUCCAGUUUCUUAACAUGCUAUUUUUUUCAGGUGUGAAUUCCAUUCUAGCACUUCAUACUUCAAGAUUUUCCUGACAUACAUGUAUAUUGUAUAAAGAGGCUGAAAUGACUUUUAGUUUUGAGGUUUCUGAGGGCUACUCUAUGAUUUGGCAGAUGAGUAUUAGCUGCACAAUUAAUUCAGCUGAUGUGUGCCUCUGGAGAUAUACCAGGUACUAUGGUCACUCCUAAGCUUUUCUCUACAUGGAGUCCAUCUGGAGGGCAUUCCGGGGAUCAACACCCCCGUGACUCGGUCCACGAUCAGGCCUCCUGGUGGAUCAGGGCCUGAUUAACGAGGCUGUUACUGCUGGCUGCAUGUAGUCCAACGUACGAACCACAGCCCGGCUGAUCCUGCACUGACUAAGUAUCUGUCCAGCUCUCUCUUGAAGACAACCAGGGGUCUAUUGGUAAUGUCCCUUAUGUCUGGUGGGAGGCUGUCAAACAGUCUUGGACCCCGGACACUCAUUGUGUUUUCUCUUAGUGUACCAGUGACACCCCUACUUUUCACUGGGGUAUGUUGCAUUGCCUGCCAAGGCUUUGGCUUUCAUAGGGAGUGAUUUCUGUGUGUAGAUUAGGAACCAGUCCCUCCAGAAUCUUCCAGGUGUAGGUUAUGAUCUCUCUCGCCUGCACUCCGGAGAGUAGUCAAGUGCUUCCAGGCAUUCCCAGUAGUUAAGGUGUUUGAUGGAACUUACACGUGCAGUAAAGGUUCUCUGUACAUUCUCUAGAUCUGCAAUUUCACCUGCCUUGAAUGGGGAUGUUAAUGUAUAGCAGUAUUCCAGCCUAGAGAGAACGAGUGAUUUAAAGAGGAUCAUCACUGGCUUAGCAUCUUUUGUCAUGAAUGUUCUCAUUAUCCAUCCUAUCAGUUUCCUUGCAGAUGUGAUAGUGGCAUUGUCGUGGUCCUUGAAGGCGAGAUCUUUGGACAUUACUUUUCCGCUCUAUUGUGUGAUUAGAGUUCGUAGUAUACUCAGUCCUAGCUAUUAUUUCCUCCAAUUUUCCAUAACGGAGUAGUUGGAAUUUGUCUUCAUUGAACAUCAUAUUGUUCUCCGCUACCCAUUGGAAAACUUGGUUUAUAUCAUCUUGGAAAUUUGCCAUGUCCUCAGUGGAUGACACUCUCAUGCAGAUCCUAGUAUUGUCUGCAAAGGAUGAUACAGUUUUCAUCUCUGUCUAUGUCUGAUAUGAGAAUGAGGAACAGGAUAGGGGCGAGUACUGUACCUUGUGGAACAGAGCUCUUCAUUAUGGCAGCUUCCAAUUUAACUCUGUUUACCCCUAGUGUUUGUGUUCGAUUGGUUAGAAAGUUGAAGAUCCAUCUGCCUACUUUGCCAGUUAUCCCUUUAGCAC